AUGAUUAGUGAAGAUCUUAGACAUCAUCAUAAAGGAGAUAUUGAAAAAGUAGGCGAGAAAUCAAAUAUUUAGAAGCCUCCCAACAACCCAGUAGACGAGCCGAAAGUUUAAGGAUCUAGAUAAGACGAUUAUGUGAUGACUGGAAAGGAUAAGAACAAAACUAACAUCACUGAUAAAUAAGCACCUGUUGAUAACAGAGACAUGGAUACAAAAGCAAACACUGCUUACUAAUGUAUUUCAAUCAUAAUAAAUAAUUUUAUUUUAGUCCCAUAACCAGGAGAAGGUGAUUCGAUUGGUAUGAUUUUCGAAUGA